ACACACACACACACACACACAUUUCUGUCUAAUAGAACCAGGCUACUGAAAUAACCAUAAAAAUGCGUGUAAUGAACUUCAUAUUGUUGAAACUUCUGAUUUGUCAUGAGGCAAUGGUCAUGCUUUAUUUCACAUGACUGCACUGGAUUUGAUUUUUUUUUUCAAAGCUGCUCCUUUGGCACUCCCGUCUCUUUAAACUUCUCUGAACGUCUCUGAAUUAUUUGGAAUUUAUUUCAGUAUGUCACGGGUUAUAAAAACGUUUUGAUCGUAUACUUAUACUGUCAAUUGCUGUGUUUGCUUCGGCGCAACUGGGGAUUUCCACAGUAGGGAGGUACUUGUUUAUUUUUAUUAGAAGCAGAAACAGAAACUACACAGAACUAUUUUAAGGCCCGUCUGCUGGAUCGGGACAUGUUUACUGCUCAACCAACUUCUGCUCACAAAUGGAAACACACACCAUGGAUCCUGGAUUUUAACUCAGCAAUUCAAAAUAAUGAGCUGCAUAAGAAGAUCUACCUAAUACUGGACAUGAUAAGUUAUUACUUUUUGGCUUGGAAUACCCAGAAGAGGACUGGGUUCAAUGGGAUAUAAGUUUGCUGUAUGUGCUAAUAGAUGAAUUGAAGAAAAAACACUUGGACAUAUGAAGUGUGGAGAGGAAACAUUUCUUAAUUUUUUUCUAUACGCCAAGAAAAGCUCACCAGCACUUUAAAGAUGGUAUUCAGCUUGAAAAAUACGUAUAUUAUUGCUGCUACUUUCCUCCUGAACACUGAACUGUGUUUUUGCGCUUGUGCCCGAGCUGAAUAUGAGAUAAAUGGAGAAUGUUGUCCCAUGUGUGCACCUGGAAGCCGUGUUUAUAGGCAUUGCACUGAAUUUGUCAGCACGACUUGUGUACCGUGUAUCGACUCUUUCACCACCGAGCCCAAUGGUCUUCUAAAUUGCUUUAGCUGUGCUGUGUGUGAUACUGGGCAGGGCAUACGAGUAAAGACAGCCUGCACACGGACUUCAGAUACAAUCUGUGAGCCCCUGGAGGGCUUUUACUGUACACAUGAUGACAUGGGCAGCUGUACACAAGCUGUGGAACAUACAAAAUGCAGCCCUGGACAAUUCAUAAAGCAGAAAGGAACAGCACAUAAAGAUGCCGAAUGUGCUGGAUGUAAAAAUGGUACCUACUCUGAUGGGUCACUUGAAAUUUGCAAACAACAUACAAAGUGUGAAGAUUUGGGACUUACACAAAUAAAACCAGGAACAACAACGUCUGAUGUUGAAUGUGGAAAUAAAAUUCAAGGGGCCCUAAUAGCUGGAAUCAUAGUUUGCAUUGUUGUUGUUGUGGCUGUAACACUAGUCAUACUUCUCAAAAUUGGACACAAGAUUGGCCGAUGUGCAGCAAGGAAUUCUGAGCCAGAAACAGGACAGACAGAACUUAAAACACCCACCUCAGAGACAUCAUUUCUACAAAAAAACAGUACUGUAAUGGAAUUAGCAAUCAUUCCCUCAGCAGUACAAUGGUUAAAAAAUGCACAAUCCUUUUGGAUUAUCUUCUAUCUCAAAAUAGACCACGCCCUGAAAUCCCUAGAAAACAAGUGCCUGCCUGUUUAUGUACAGCGUCUUCCUCUGCUAGAAUCAGAGCAGCACUUCCGGGUCUCGUUGUUUCGCGAGAACACACGCUCGCGACUUGGAAGCGCUGCCCUACGUUUCAUCAGCACUUUCACAAUGAUUUCCAUUUUGCAGCAUACUUUCAUUAUUGCUGCUAUUUUCUUCUUGAAUAUUGAACUGUGUUUUUGCGCUUGUGCACGAGCUGAAUAUGAGAUAAAUGGAGAAUGCUGCCCCAUGUGUUCACCUGGAAACCGUGUUUAUAGACAUUGCACUGAAUUCACCAGCACAACCUGUAUGCAGUGUGUUGUCUCGACAUUCACUGAUGAACCCAAUGGCCUUGCAAGAUGCAUUAGUUGUACAGUGUGUGAUGCUGCACAGGGAAUAGGAGUAAAAACGGCCUGCACACCAACUUCAGAUACAGUUUGUGAGCCACUGGAGGGGUUUUACUGUACUGAUGAAUACAGCGGCAACUGCAGAUAUGCUGUGGAGCACACAAAAUGCCACCCUGGACAAUACAUAAAGCAGAAAGGAACAGCAGUUAAAGAUGCUGAAUGUGCAGCGUGUGCAGAUGGCACCUACUCCAAUGGGUCCCUUCAAAUUUGUAAAGAACAUACAAAAUGUGAAGAUUUGGGACUAAAAGAAAUAACACCAGGAACAAAUUCUCUUGAUGUUGAAUGUGGAAGAAAACCUCCGGUGGCUCUAAUAGCUGGAAUCCUAGCAGUGGGGGCUAUAGUUUUGGUUGUAGCUGGAGGACUAAUUUUUAAAAGAAGACAUAAAAAAGGCCCACCUAAAUCUCAUACUGCUGAGAAAAUGAGAUUUUCAGACAAACAGACAUGUGAAAGCGAUACUUCAGCAACAUUAAUGAGAGAAGAGAGAAUAUGUGCCUUUAAUCACUCUGGGCAUGUGGCUUCUCCAGUUGAAAAUGACUGCGGAAAACAAUGUUGUGACCUACAGGAGCAUGAGAUAACACACACUGGAUAUGGUAUAACGUGAAUAUGUGUGUUCAGGGAAGAGGCAGAUAUACUGUUGGAAGUGAUCCUGAAUAAUGUGAUUUGAAUCCUGUGUGAUAUGAUAAAAGACAUUCAGACCACCAUAUUUAUGACCAUCGUUUUUGACCAUCGGCAGAAAAGCAAUGCGUCUGAGAAGUGAUGCUUUCAAAAAUUGCUGAUCAUUGGUUUUGAUUCGUACCAAGCCCCAUGAAAAAUAUAUACAGAUCUGAAGUCAGCACAGACAAUACCAUUGCGAAAUCUAACAAUCACAGUCAUUUGCAUUUAAUCCACAGUCCGUCUCUGUACACCAGCGAGAGUCUGAGGGCUUUAAAGUGCACCGUAUCCUGCUGGUGCCUGAUACAGCUCAUGGUUUUACUAAGCGCUACUUACAAAGAGAAUAUCUUUAACCAGCAGAACUGCACUUAAAUUAAGGUGAUAGUAAAUGUAAGUAAAUAUGACAAAGUAAGAGAACUUAUUGUAGUUAGUGUCAGUUGAAUUCUCAGAACAUUGUGGCUGAUGUACCGACUAACUUUAAGUCACUGAUUUUAACAAACUCUACAGUCACAGAAUAUCCCACAUACAACUUAACAUGAAUUGCUGUGUUUUCAGUAUUUCGCACAAUAUAAUGCAAUUAGCAUUAUGCAAGAUGCAGCAAUAUUUCUGUAUAGGGUAAUAAAUACUGACUUUCUGCAAUAAUCACACUGAACCUCAGCUAUAGAGUGGUGCAGUGAUAAUAUCAUUUUGUCUGCCAAAACCUGGAAACGAGUUAGCAUUACAUAUGUGCAAAUCUUUGUCUUUUAAACCCCUCUUUAUUAUUUUUGUAAAGACUUCAAAUGUUACUUGGAUACUAUCUCAACCUCAAGCAAUUUCAAAGCCUUAAAUUCCUUUACAUGUAUAAUACAAUGUAUAAUAUGUAUGCAUUUUUUAUAGUGUACAAUUGAUUGUGUGUUGCAUAUAAGGGAGGUAGGGAAAUAGGAAAGUAAAUAUUUAUAGUAUAUUAAUUAUUUAUAAUUAAUAUGCAAUAAUUAGUUAUUAACAAUAAAUUAAUAUAAUUAUAAAUAAUUAAUAGCAAUAAUUAAAUAAAUAUUACCCCUGGCCCAAUGUUUUGUUUGUUUUGCUUUUGUUUUGUUUAAUUUCCUGGUCCUUUGUUUACUCGUUAUAUUUUUGUUGUUAUACUCACAAUAUCUGGUGUGAGUUGUAGAUAUAUGUAUGUAUUUAUUUUUGUAUAUGCUCAAUACAUUUUUUACAUUAAAAAAAGCUACUUAAA